AAGUCACUUUGGGAGCGAUAAUUGAAUUUUAAGUGUGUUUGUUGAUCAUUCUCUUUAAGUAGUGGUUAUGUGGGGUUUUAUGGCCGUAUGAAAAUUAGUAGUUAUCUCUGUCUGCCACCCAGAUGGAAUGAAAUCACUGGAUCAUUAACAAAAGGUGUUAAUGAGCUCCGUUGUCACAAGGUGAUGACUUAAUGCCUUACAUGGACCAAAGCCAGCUGAAAACGCUGAGGAUGGUCCAGUCCCGAGUACUUGUCCUUUUCCUUCUCCGGGUUAGGGCACAGGGGCAGUUUGGUUUGUGCAGAAGAUGUAAACGCUGCUUAUUCUUUGAUUAACCUUAAGGAGUUGAUUUGACCUCGUUUUUUCUUUGGAAAUGGAGUGAGCAAAGGAGAUGUUGCCCUCUCUGUGUCUUUAGCUCCACUGAUCCAGCAUUUCCGAAGGAUUUCCAUGAAUAAAGAGGAGCUGGCUGAUGUGCAACUGCUGUGUCCAGUUUAUGCCCCUGCCUGGCACCAGCGAAGGAGGUUGGCCACUGCUGGGAUACAGUAGGCUGACCUGGUGAAUCUAUAACCCGAGUGCUGAUCCAGAUGUUGCUGUGAAAUACCAAUAAUGUGCUGCGAUGACCUCCUCUGCCAGCGUACCAGGUCGUAGGUCUUGAGGCAUUGAUCCAAGGGAGUAGGAAAUUGAGCUGUUGCUGAAUGUUCUUUAUAAUGUAGCUGCAUGUGAAGAAAUCCGCCGUGGCUUUGUGUCAUGCUGAGUAACAACAUGGGGCACUGUUUCAUGGGACGGGGAGCCAUGAUUCCAAGGAAGCUGAAGCCGUUUCUCUGCAGGAUGUUGUCGGGUUACAAGCCCAAAAACGAUGUCAAGGACUCUUACAAAGUUCUGGAGCUGGAGGAAGGCUGUUCCCUCGAUGACGUCAGAAACUCCUAUCACAAUCUCGCCAAAAAAUACCACCCGGACAGCAGCUCCGGCAUGGCCGACUCCAGGGCCUUCAUAAGGGUGGAGGAGGCCUACAGGGUUGUGCUGGGCGACCUGGCGGCCAAACAGAAAUCCGACCCCGGCGAGGAGGAGGAAGACCAGUUCAAAUCCAAGUCCCUGCAGCACAGGCACUACCUGAGCUUCGAGGGCGUGGGCAUCGGCACGCCGAGCCAGCGGGAGAAGCAGUACAUGCAGUUCCGCGUGGACCGCGCCACCGAGCAGGUGCUGGAGUACCGGCAGCAGCGGCUGGAGAGCCGCUACGCCGGCAGCGACCUCAGCCGGGCCAAGGACGUGCGGCAGAGCAAGAAGGUGAAGAUCACUCAGGCCGUGGAGCGGCUGGUGGAGGACCUCAUCCAGGAAUCCAUGGCCAAAGGAGACUUCGACAACCUCAGCGGCAAAGGGAAGCCGCUGCAGAAGUUCUCGCACAGCCCGCACAUCGACCCCAUGACGCACAACCUGAACAGGAUCCUCAUCGACAACGGCUACCAGCCCGAGUGGAUCCUGCUGCAGAAGGAGAUCCGGGAGACCAUCGAGCGCCUGAGGAAGAGCAUCGUGGCCUCCAGGAGGAAGCUCGGGGAGCCCAUGACGCUGCCGGAGCAGAAGCAGUGGGGCCGCAUCUGCGAGCAGUUCGCGGAAGACAUCAGGAAGUUAAACAAGAGAGUGGACAACUUCAACCUGGUGGUGCCCAUCCUCAGCAGGCAGAUGGUGCACUUCAGCACCGACAAGGAGAUCCUCCGGGCGCGGAAGAACUACGAGGCCGUCGUGGAGAAGGUUUCUGAUUCAGACACGAAGGAAAACGGGCGGGAAGAGGGCAAAAGGUUUGGGUGGAAGUCUUCUCUCUUGAAGUGGUUAAAACUUACACCGAAAUAAUUUCACGCUAAUUCCUCUUGUCAAGGUUUUGAAUGCACUUUAUUAAUGGAAUAUAGCACUUGAGAAAUUUCAGGUUCACUGAAAAUGUCAAAUCCACACUGUUACCCUACUUGAAGGAAAUUUGGUUGUGUGAUGAGCAUUUUCAUGAUAAAUAAUUGAGUUAUUUUUAAAUAUUAUUAAAUGAAAUGUGCCAGUU